UGUGCGGCCUUCCAAAAAAAUUCCUCCCCACGCCAUUACUGACCCACUGCCAAACCAGUCAUGCUGGAGGAUGAUGCAGCAGCAGAACAUUCUCCAUGGCAUCUCAAGAGCCAAUAACAAAUCUGUUAAUCUUGGCGUUUUCUGGCAAAUGCCAGUCACCCCGCAUAUUCUGGUAUCUGCUCCAUGCUCUGGACACUGUGCUGACAGACACAGCAAACCUUCUUUUAACAGCUCGCGUUGUUGUGCCAUCCUACAUGAGCUGCACUACCUGAGCAAACUACUUCCUCUAGGAAGCUUCCAAUGACAUGGAGUAUCCUCCAAGCAAACGCCUCAGAGGCCCACAGAACACAGCUCCAGUGGAGCAGGACCCCUUUGGGGAUGAUGAGGACUUUACACAGGAUAACCUGGAAGAGAUUGAUAUUAUAGCAUCGCAGGCUAUUACAGGAGAUGGUCACCUUACAAGUACGAAAAGGACAUUUGCAUCCAUUUCAUCACAUCCAGCAGAGCAGAGCAAAGCCCCCGUAAAGCAGGGCAGAAAGACUUUUGCCAUCGGGAGCAGCAGCAGCUCAAGCACCAGCAGCAUGUAUAACAAUAUGGAGCGCCAGCGCCAUGAUUCAUUCGGAAAUGGUCAGUUGUCUAAAGACAGAGAUGAGCUGGAUUACAGCAGACUGGAGGCUCAACAAGCAGAGUUAAAGAGAAAGCUAAAGGAGGUGGAGGACCAGAUCUUAAUGAAGAAUGGUGAGAUUAGGGUCUUGCGAGACUCGCUUAAACUGGCUAAUCAGGAGAAGGAGCAGCAGAGACAGGCUAAUGUUGCGUUGGAAAGGGAAAGAGCCAAUGUGCAGAGUGAGAAAGAGAAGGAACUUUCCAAGAAGGUGGAGUCCCUGCAGUCAGAGUUGCACUUUAAAGAAGCCGAGAUGAAUGAAAUGCGGAGUAAACUUCAAAGCACUGAACGUGGAGGAAGAGUGGUUGGCACUCCCAUAAGAAACAAAACCAGCUCUCUUGCGUUUGUGAAUAAGGAGACCUUCUCAGCAGAACUCUCUGUAAAAGCUUCAUCCAGAGGCCAUCAUGAAGACAGUGAAAAACAAGGCCGGAUUAAAUGUGACAAAGAUGCAUUCGAUUCAGGAUUUCAUAAUAAAGGUCCUGUAUUACUGAAUUUGCUGCUACAGCACCCUCUGGAGCCCAGCUCUCUAGGUCUUCAUCACUUGCUGUGCAUCAGCCCAGACACUCUGCCUGGCCUGUUCUACCAGUCCAGUUACACCAGUCCAGCAUCCUCAGCUGGUUCCAGCACUUCCUCCACCGAUCCCAGGUUUCUGCAUCGACCUCAAGCUCACUUUUACCAGUUUCAAAGUCUCGCCAUGUCAGGACUGAGUGUAUUGGCCCAACGUCUCCCUCUACAUCCUGUCACUUCCUCUCAGCUCCCCCUCAGAAUCUGCCCUGCUGCUGUCCAUCUGCUCCCCUUACUUAACUACCACAUCAGCAUCUUCUGCCAGACACUGGACUCCAUCGAGCGGUCCGGGAAGAGUCCCCUCCGAGGACGCUGCCUCUCGGGUUCCUCAGACUCCAGCCUGGCGUCCACCGUCGAGGAGUCUUUAGGGGCUCAGGAGGAAUUUGCCCUGGCUGCUCUGAAAGCUCUUUACCACACUGUGUCGGAGAGCAGGGAAGCUGCACUCACGUUGCUGAGUGGUCCAGAGACAGACUGUCCCAGUAAGCCCAGUGAAAACAGACUCACCAGUGAGCCUCACAUAUCUACAGCUGCUGAGAACACUGUGAAGAAAGUGAACGAGGCACUACAGGCCCAGCAUCCUCUGCUGCAGCGGCUUAUUCAGCUGCUAGAUCAGAAGUUUGUCAGUAAUGCUGGUCAGAAGGAGGCUGUGGUGAACUGCAGCCUUAGGAUACUGGGUGUGCUGGCUGAGAGGGUGGAGGAGAACCAGCUGUGGAGGUUGAAGGUGGUGUUGUCGAGUGAAGCUCUGGCCCAAAACAUAUCUGUGGAAUCUGCGUACACAACCGUGUGUCUUUCUGUAAGGUUCCUGGCACUGGUGGCUGACUGUGAUGAGAUUGCUACCCAACUCUGCUCUCAUAACUUCGUCUGUCCGCUUGCCAGAGUUUUCCAGUAUGUAACCUCUAGACCGGAAAAAUCUGUCACCGAAGAUAUGUGGUCCCGCUUAGAAGUUGAGGUUGUUCAAUUACUGUCCAAGUUGUUUACGCAGAAGACAUCCACCUGGGCUGCUCUCAUCAGUGAAUCUUCUUGCCAGUGCAGUAGUGAGGUGGUGCGGACGGUGGUGGUGGUGCUGCACAGACAGUGGCUGUGCAUCAAAGGGCAGGAGAAGCACGUGAGCGGUGGCCAGACGUGGACCAGUCCUGCAGUCCAGUUACUGAGGGAGGCGCUUAUGUUGCUGCACUGGCUGCUUCUUAACGACUCGUCUUUCUCAGUGCACUGCCUGGACGUCCUGCACAUCUACCAGCAGGUCAUCCCCGCCAUCAGAGACACCCUCCGCAAGAUCCCUGACCUCUCAGAGAGUGAAGAACUGGCCAUUGAGGAGAUCUGUCGACCAGAAGCAGAUGUUGAAGAUAUGGACAUUGACACAGGUUCUUGAUGACCGAUGUGAAGACGACGGUUAUUCGACAAGCAUCGUCUGAAUGAUGCAUUCCAGCACGUCUUUUUGUUCUGCUUAAUUUCUUUGUGUUUUAGAGGAACACAUAAUGAAGGACUCUUCAUUUGUCAUCCUGUAUUUGACCACUGCUCGUUCACUUACUGAAACAUCUUUUAACGCUGCUCACUGAUUAUACUGUUAAUUAAAGCAAAACUAAGAGACUCUAGUUUUAAGUGAAUCUUUUACUGAGUCAGACUUGUCUGAUUAACAGAACUUUGUUACAACCAGACAGAGAGGCCAAUAAAAAAUAAUUGUUUCCUGA